AUGGCGGUGAAAAGUAAAAAACCAACCCCGGCAAAGGAAAGCCCAAAGGCAAAGGUUGAAAAAACAAAGAAGAAAAAGAAGGCUGCAAAUCCCGAGGUCGAAGAGGAUGCCAUGGAGAAUGAAGUAAAUCCUCCGCAGGAUAGCGAUGAAGAGAUGGCAACAGAAGAGCUGGCGGAUCCCGAUGGAGACCAUAAGAAAUCAACUCCCCAUGCAAAAGCAAAGGGAUCCAAAGAAAGCAAGAAGAAGGUACUGAAGAACGCAAAAUUGUCUUUUGGGCAACGUAACGAGCUUUCCGUUUACGUGAGAGGCUUGCAAAACAAAGUGACCGAUGCAGAUCUGCAGAAGUUUUUCGAAUCUGUUGGUAAAGUAGCCAAAGUUCGGUAUAUUCAUUGCCAGCGUGCCGCGAUCGUUCGUUUUGAAAAGGCAGGGUUAGUGGAAAAAGCACUGGCUCUCAGCAGCACGUCACUGAAGGGAUUGCCGGCUUACGUUGAACGCUUGAGACCGGUACUUCCGUCCCAAAAGACCAAACAGCCCAAACAGCACUCGGAAAAGAAACUGAAGAAAAAGGAGCAGGAGAACCAAAAGGACAAAAAGAAAGCCAAGAAGCAGAAGGAUAACCCUAGGUGA